CGCCGCGGGGUGGGGGGGGUGGGGGGGCGCCGCGCUGCCGCCAUGGCGCCGCUCGCUGCCCUGCUGCCGCCGCUGCUCCUCGGCCUCCUGCUGCCGCCGCCGCCGGCCGCCGCCGCCGAGUCCGCCCCGCUCAGCGCCGAGCAGCUGCUGGUGGUGACGGUGGCCACGGAGGCCACCGAGGGCUACGAGCGCUUCCUGCGCUCCGCCCGGCACUUCAACUACUCCCUGCAGACGCUGGGCCUGGGCCAGGCGUGGCGGGGGGGGGACGUGGCCCACACCGUGGGGGGGGGGCAGAAGGUGCGGUGGCUCAAGGCCGCCAUGGCCCCCCUGGGCGCCCGCGAGGACCUCGUGGUGCUCUUCGUGGACAGCUACGACGUGGUCUUCGCCGGGGGCCCCCGCGAGCUGCUGGCCAAGUUCCGGGCCUCGGGCCACCGGGUGCUCUUCUCGGCCGAGGCGUUCUGCUGGCCCGAGUGGGGCCUGGCCGAGGCCUACCCCCCCGCCGGCGCCGGCAAGCGCUACCUCAACUCCGGGGGCUUCAUCGGCUUCGCCCCGGCCGUGGCCCGGCUCGUCGAGCUCUGGAAGUACCGGGACGACGACGACGACCAGCUCUUCUACACCCACCUCUACCUCGACCCCCAGCUCCGGGCAGAGCUGGGGCUGGCGCUGGACCAUCGCUCCCAGAUCUUCCAGAACCUCAACGGGGCCAUCGAUGAGGUGGUCCUGAAGUUCGAGCCGGGCCGGGUGCGGGCGCGCAACGUGGCCUACGACACCCUGCCCGUGGUCAUCCACGGCAACGGGCCCACCAAGCUCCAGCUCAACUACUUGGGCAACUACAUCCCGGCGGCCUGGACCUACGAGGGCGGCUGUGGGGACUGCGACCGCGACCCCCUGCCCCUGGACGGGCUGCCGGACGAGGAGCUCCCGUGGGUGCUGGUGGGGGUCUUCGUGGAGCAGCCCACCCCCUUCCUGCCCCAGUUCCUGGAGCGGCUGCUGCACUGGGACUACCCCCGCUCCCGCCUGCACCUCUUCCUGCACAACGCCGAGGUGCACCACGAGGGUCACGUGGCGGCCGCCUGGCCCCGGCUGCGGGCGGCCUUCUCCUCCCUGCGCCUGGUGGGGCCCGAGGAGGCGCUGGGCCACGGCGAGGCCCGCGACAUGGCCCUGGACGUGUGCCGCCGGGAGCCCCGCUGCCAGCACUACCUGUCCCUGGACGGCGACGUGGCCCUGCGGCACCCGCGGGCGCUGAGGGUGCUGCUGCGCCAGAACCGGUCCAACUUCUGGGGCGCCCUGAGCCCCGGCUACUACGCCCGCUCCGAGGACUACGUCGACAUCGUGCAGGGCAAGCGCCGGGGGGUGUGGAACGUGCCCUACGUGAGCCAGGCCUACCUGGUGCGGGGGGAGACGCUGCGGCGGGAGCUGAGCGCCCGGCGCCUCUUCGCCCUCGAGGACACCGACCCCGACAUGGCCUUCUGCCGCGGCGCCCGCGAGCGGGGUGUCUUCCUGCACGUCACUAACCGGGAGGAGUUCGGGCAUCUGCUGGCGACGGCCCAGUACAACACGUCGCGGCUGCACCCCGACCUCUGGCAGCUCCUCGACAACCCCCUGGACUGGGAGGAGAAGUACCUGCAUGAGAACUACAGCCGCAUCUUCGAGGAGGACCUCUACGAGGAGCCGUGCCCAGAUGUCUACUGGUUCCCCCUCUUCUCGGAGCAGCUGUGUAAGGAGGUGGUGGCCGAGGCGGAGCAUUAUGGGAAGUGGAGCACGGGCGACGAGGGGUCCCCGGCGGGGGAGGCGGUGGCCCUGGAGCGCCUGGGCCUGGAGGGGCCCUGGCUGAGGGCCCUGCGCCGCCAUGUCGCCCCCGUCGCCCACAAGCUCUUCCCGGGCUACCACACCAAGGCCCGGGUGGUGCUCAGCGCCGUGGUGCGGUACCGGCCCGACAUGGCGGCCGCCCCCCAGGCCCCCCCGGCCGCCACCAUCGCCCUCAGCCUGGCCCUCAACGGCCACUUCCAGGGCGGGGGGAGCCUCUUCCCGCGCUCCGGCUGCCGGGUGCCGGCGGCCCGUCCCGGCUGGGCCCUGCUGCACCCCGGGCGCCUCACCCACCACCCGCGGGUGCUGCCGCCCGCCGCCGGCACCCGCUACGCCCUGCUGGCCCUGCUCGACCCCUGAGCGGACCCGGACCGCGACCGCAACCGGCACCCAUGGGUGCUGCGUGGGAUGGAGCCAUCAUCUAUGGGUGCUAUGACCCAUGGACCCAUCACCUAUGGGUGCUGCAAGCCAUGGACCCAUCACCUAUGGGUGCUACAUGGGAUGGACCCACCAUCUACGGGUGCUAUGACCCAUGGAGCCACCACCUAUGGGUGCUAGAACCUAUGGACCCACCACCUAUGGGUGCUAUGACCCAUGGACCCAUCACCUAUGGGUGCUACAUGGGGUGGAGCCACCAUCUAUGGGUGCUAGAACCUAUGGACCCACCACCUAUGGGUGCUAUGACCCAUGGACCCAUCACCUAUGGGUGCUACAUGGGGUGGAGCCACCAUCUAUGGGUGCUAGAACCUAUGGACCCACCACCUAUGGGUGCUAUGACCCAUGGACCCAUCACCUAUGGGUGCUACAUGGGGUGGAGCCACCAUCUAUGGGUGCUAGAACCUAUGGACCCACCACCUAUGGGUGCUAUGACCCAUGGACCCAUCACCUAUGGGUGCUACAUGGGGUGGAGCCACCAUCUAUGGGUGCUAGAACCUAUGGACCCACCACCUAUGGGUGCUAUGACCCAUCGACCCAUCACCUAUGGGUGCUACGUGGGGUGGAGCCACCAUCUAUGGGUGCUUGAACACAUGGGCUCACCACCUAUGGGUGCUGCAAGCCAUGUACCCAUCACCCAUGGGUGCUACGUGGGGUGGACCCACCACCUAUGGGUGCUAUGACCCAUGGACCCAUCACCUAUGGGUGCUACAUGGGAUGGACCCACCAUCUACGGGUGCUAUGACCCAUGGAGCCACCACCUAUGGGUGCUAGAACCUAUGGACCCACCACCUAUGGGUGUUACGUGGGGUGGAGCCACCACCCAUGGGUGCUACGUGGGGUGGAGCCAUCAGCCAUGGGUGCUACAUGGGAAGAACCCACCACCUAUGGGUGCUACAAGCUGUGGACCCAUCACCUAUGGGUGCUAGAACCCACGGAUCCAUCACCCAUGGGUGCUAGGUGGGAUGGACCCACCACCUAUGGGUGUGCCAUGACCCAUGGACCCAUCACCUAUGGGUGCUAGAACCCACGGAUCCAUCACCCAUGGGUGCUACGUGGGAUGGACCCACCACCUAUGGGUGCUACAAGCCACGGACCCACCGCCCACCAGUGCUGCACAGGAUGGACCCACCACCCAUGGGUGCUGCAUCGACGUGAGCCCCCCCACCCAUGGGGGUUGCACCCAAUAGACCCCCCCACCCAUGGGGGCGGCAUGGAUGGACCUCCCCACCCAUGGGUGCUGAGCCCAACGGCCACCCAGCUACGAGGGAGGCACCCAACGGGACCCCCACCCAUGGGGGCUGCACCUAAGGGACCCCCACCCAUGGGGGCUGCAUGGAUGGGACCCCCCCACCCAUGGGUCCUGCACCUAGUGGGACCCCCACCCAUGGGUGCUACAUGGAUGGGACCACCCCCGCCCAUGGGUCCUGCACCCAACGGGCCCCUCCAGCCAUGGGGGCUGCAUGGAUGGGACCCCCCCCCCCACCCAUGGGUCCUGCACCCAACGGGCCCCCCCACCCAUGGGGGCUGCACCCAAUGGGACCCCCACCCAUGGGGGCUGAGCCCAAUGGACCCCCACCCAUGGGGGCUGCACCCAAUGAACCCCCACCCAUGGGUGCUACAUGGAUGGGACCCCCCCCACCCAUGGGUCCUGCACCCAAGGGACCCCCACCCAUGGGUGCUACAUGGAUGGGACCCCCCCACCCAUGGGUCCUGCACCCAAUGGACCCCCACCCAUGGGGGCUGCACCCAAGGGACCCCCACCCAUGGGUGCUGCAUGGAUGAGACCCCCCCACCCAUGGGGGCUGCACCCAAUGGACCCCCACCCAUGGGGGCUGCACCCAAUGAACCCCCACCCAUGGGUGCUACAUGGAUGGGACCCCCCCCACCCAUGGGUGCUGCCGGUCACCUGUUUCAAGUGCAUUAAAUUAUUGGAGCCCCCCCGGGGCCCCCGGUUUGUA